AUGGCUAUAUGGAUUUUGCCCAUGGCUUAUAGUCAUCUCCCACACCCACACCCACACCCACACCCACAUCCACACCCACACGUACACGCACACCCACAUCCACACCCGCACCCGCACCCGCACCCGCAUCCUCACCCGCACCUGCACCCGCACCCGCACCCGCACCCGCACCCGCAUCCUCACCCGCACCCGCACCCGCACCCACUAUCACAUCCAACGAAGGCACAAGCUGGUUGGACUGAUGGCCGUGCAACAUUUUACGGUGACAUCCAUGGAGGAGAAACUCAACAGGGAGCUUGUGGAUAUGGUAAUCUACACAAACAAGGGUAUGGUCUAGAGACAGCAGCACUAAGCACGGCACUAUUCAACAACGGCUCAACGUGUGGAGCUUGUUAUGAGAUAAAGUGCUUCAACUCUCCACAAUGGUGUUUGCCUGGUGUCAUCAAGAUCACAGCUACAAACUUCUGUCCACCAAAUUACAAAAAGACCAAAGACAUUUGGUGCAACCCACCACAAAAACACUUUGAUCUCUCGCAAAAAAUGUACCUCAAAAUCGCCAAGUACAAAUCUGGCGUUGUCCCGGUUAAGUUCAGACGUGUUCGUUGUACCAAAACCGGAGGAGUCAAGUUUGAGAUCAAAGGAAACCCUCAUUUCCUAAUGAUCUUGCCGUACAAUGUAGGAGGAGCUGGAGAUGUUAAGGCCAUGCAGAUUAAGGGAACGAAGACCAAGUGGUUACCAAUGAAGAAGAAUUGGGGACAGAUUUGGAGCAUUGGUGUUGUCUUGACCGGACAACGUUUAUCGUUUAAGCUCACGCUAAGUGAUGGAGUUACGAAAGAUUUUAUAGACGUGACACCGGCGAAUUGGGGAACUACUGGACAGAGCUUUGAUGGAAAGGUUAACUUUUAGGACAAGAGUUUGAGGUUGCAAGUAAACUAAGGAGGAGGGUUAUAUAUAGGUAUGUUAAUUUACUAGUACUCCCUCGAUUUUAAAAUAAGUGUCGUUUUAGACUUUAAAUUUUGUUUCAAAAUAAGUGUUGUUUUCUUUU